GUGAACCCGCACGGGCUCCUGUGAACUGAUCCGGGGCCAGUGGAGGUCCCCGGCACCCCCUUCUCCUUCCAGCCUCCACCCCCGCAGUCUUUUCCUUCCACUCCACUUCAGAAGGAGCGAGCAGCCCGUCUCCGUUCCCACGCCUCCGACAAACGGCUUGAAUCAGCAAACUGAGCUAUAUGCGGAAACGAGCAGUGUAAAACCGCAGCACUGUGCGGAAUUAUGCACGUUUCAAAGCGGAAUAACGAUACAGGGAUCGCCGCGAACAGGCCCUCCACUUUCUCCGCUGGAGUAACUGCACAGAGGGGGACGUGAACUUUUCAGGCUCGCUUUUUAACAUGUCGACGGUUCGCUGGUGAGGGAUCUUUGUAUUUGUAUUUGCAUUGUUUGUGGGGAGGGGACCUUUUUAGAUCAUCUGAGGCAUCUGUUUUGGAGACUGUGCUUUUUAAGGACGUUUUUCUUGGAGGGACGCGGCUGAAGGACCCCCACACCUCAGGAAUUCGACGCCUGUAGCUGAAGUGUCCGUGAACGCCGCACGGAGCUAGCUAGCAUGUAAGCUAGUUUGGGGAGUUUUUUUGUUGGAUUAACGGAUUAAAAGGAGAAAAAAGGCCGUUAAGUUGGCGUUAACGCCGUCUGUGAGGGGCCUCCCGCACCGCCAACCUUAGCUAACUGCUUUCCUGGAGGGGGGGCGGUCUUGUGGGAGUUUUGCGUACUAACUCUAAGUUAGCCCGAAGUCGCUCCGGGCGUUAGCCGCCGCUAGCGUCCAGGCAUGCCGCAGCUGCGCAGGGAGGACGGGGACGACCUGGGAGCCGGGGACGACCUGGGGGCCAGCGACGAGCUGAUCGCGUUCCAGGACGAAGGGGAGCAGGAGGAGAAGCGCAACGUGUCCGCCGAGCGCGACCUGGACGACGUCAAGUCCUCUCUGGUCAACGAGUCCGAGACGAACAGCAGCUCGGACUCGGAGGCAGACAGGCGCCCCAAGCCCCGUCCAGAUGUGGAGAGCAGGGCCAGACGGAGCCGGCUGUGCGAGGAAGCGCUGAGGAAGCAGGACGCAGGGCUCCUCCAGCCGUCGCCCUACGUCGGGUACCCGUUCUUCAUGUUCCCCGACCUCGGGAACCUCUGCAGCCCCUACCUCGCCAACGGAGCGCUGACGCCGAGCGCGCGGACGUACCUGCCGUUUCAGUGGCCGCUGCUCGACGUCCCAGGAAGAGCUUCAGUCCGAGACACAGCGACUCCCUCACACCUGUCCAACAGUGUGUCGAUGGUGCAGCACCCCCACGUGUCCCACCUCCACCCACUGCUGUCCUACAGCCCCGAGGCCUUCUCCCCUCCGAGGGCCUCACCUGGUUUCUCUCCUGAAGCAGCAGGGUUGUCCAGGACUCCCGCCUGCUACCCGGUGUCUCCAGGAGCAGUGUCUCAGAUCCCCCACCCUCUUGGAUGGCUGCAGGGGCAGCCCAUGUACCCUGUGGCCGGGGGCUUCACACCUGCAGCGCUCGCCAUGAACGCCUCCAUGUCAGGUCUGGUGUCGAGUGGGUUCUCUCCUCGUUUGGUUCCCGCCCCUCAGUCGUCCAUUGCCCGCUCCGUCAUCGUUCCCACGGGCGUCAAGCAGGAACCUGAAGGCGACAGCGUGGGCGGGGACAGCAGCGUUCAGCCGCGGAAGGCGACGCCUGAAGUGAAACACGAGGGCAACGAAGACAGGAAGCCGCACAUCAAGAAGCCGCUCAACGCCUUUAUGCUGUACAUGAGGGAGGAGCGGCCCAAAGUGGUCGCCAUGUGCAAAGUGAAGGAGAGCUCGUCCAUCAACCAGAUCCUGGGACAGAGGUGGCACUCGCUGACGAAGGAGGAGCAGGCCAAAUAUUACGAACUGGCUCGGCAGGAGAGGCUCCUGCACGCCAAGCUUUACCCCGGCUGGUCCGCCAGAGACAACUACGGGAAGAAGAAGAAGAGGAAGAGGGCGAAGAUGGAGAUGAAGCUCGAAGUUGCCGCCACAGCGCCGUCGGACGACUUCCCCCUGCAGCUGAAGAGGCCUCGCAUCUCCGUGUGCGCCGAGGAGACACCGCUGCACACACAGGCCACGCACACGCGCCCUCACCUGACACAGCCGCACAGCAUCUCCCACCUGACGCACACCCACCUGUCACAGGCCAGCCCCGCCUCCUCCUUGGACUCCCCUGCGACCCCCACCACGGCGCUGGCCUCGCCCGCCGCCCCGGCGUCGACGCACACGGAGCACACGCACUCGUCGUCCUUCGGCGGGCACACGUCACCGUACCCUGAGCAGCUGCAGCCGCUCUCCCUCACCACCAAACCCCAGAGGCCGCCGCUGUCUCUGAACCGCGGUGCGGUCACCACGGGGCCCUCCUCCGAAACCCUCGCCUCCUCGCCCCCACCACCACGACCCCCUACUCUGCGCUGCCAGCCUUUCCUGGCCCCGCCUCCUACCUCCUCGAGCUCUCACGGUGCCUUAACUCAGCAGCGCCGAAGAACCAAUCAGCCGUGAAGAGCGGCAAAAUCUGACCUCGUUUUUAACGCUGUAAAUCCGCCGCCGUUUUUAACGCUUUUUUCUACCUGUGUCACGUUUUGUACGAGAAUAAAAGGACGAGUAAUUGGUCAAUAUUUGACUGCAUCUCAGACCCCCCAGACUAUUUUUACAAACUUUUUAAAGACACUUUUAUGAAGUAAUGGUGAGGUGAGGGGGCGGGGCUUAGUUUGUGUAACGAUGCUUUUUUACCUGCUAGUUUUGAGUGUUUCCUCCUCUUCGUCAAUAAACCUUCACUCAGCUCUCGGUGUCAAAGCUCUCUGUGUCUGCACUCUGGGUCAGAGGUCAGCGGUAACACCACGUCUGGUUUAUGGCCUGCAGAAGAAGUCGAUGCUUCAGAGGUCAAAGUCGGAUCGUAUGAAAAAUAA